GAUGAACUUGACAGUGCGCAUUCUCACAGAUUUUCUCGGUCGGCAUCUCGCGGUUUGUUUAUUGCAAUUCUAAUCUAGUAAAUGAAAAGUUGAUAAAUCAACCUACAUAAAAUGUUAACGGACACAAGCAAAGUAAGCAGCACAUUUAUCUCCGAGAAAGUGUCACGCGUGCGCUGGGUUCCGGAGCAGUACGACGAGUCAAACUCGUUCAUCACUACCAGCUGGGAUCUCGAUGUGAACAAUGUGAAGGCUUGGAAACUAUUCCGGAACGAUUAUGCUAACGAUGACGAACACGAAUUUAUUCCGCGAUGUACGGCAGAAAUAUGCUUCGCAGGAGACAUCAGCGGGUUGGAAUUUGUGGAUGAACGUCAUGUGGUAGUGUCCAACACGGAAGGAUACGUCAGUUUGAUCAGUAUCGACCGGGAUCGCGAUGAGGACAACCUGCAAGAACGACAUCGGUACGACAAGUUGCAUCAAUUCGACACAUUUAGCAGCUUGAACGAAGCACCUUGUACGGCUCUUUCCGUGCAUGAUGCGGAUGUCGCUACGGUAGGAGAAGAUGGUCGGUUAAAUAUUUUGUCCACUGUAGGACAGAAGGUCAUUCGGAGUGUUUCAAAUGCUGAUAAUUGUACCUUAAGCUGUGUCGCUUUCCUGAAUCCGAAAGAGGUGCUGACAGGAAACAGGCUUGGAAUAAUUAAAUGCUUCGAUAUAAGAGCUGAGAGCGAUAUGCCUACGGGUAGCUUUGCGAUUUCAUGUGAAGAUGAGAAAAGAUCAAAUUCAGUCACCUGUCUAGCUUACCAUCCGACGCAGCGACAUAUUAUUCUAGCGGGCAGCGAAGAAGGUUCAAUAACCGUUUGGGAUCUACGGCAGAAGCAGUUUCCAGCUUCCUAUUUAAAGGCUCACGACCACGCUAUAACGGAACUGGCUUUCCACAGAACUGAACCUUCACGCCUGUUUUCCGCGUCCGAAGGUGGAGAAUUGUGGCAGUGGAAUCAAAACUCCCUGCCGGCGGCUUCGUCAUCUAUCGCUGGCAGCGCAGGACUAGAUUCCACGGAGACUAACAAUCCGUGGUUGAAUGGGGAGCGCGCCAAAAGCAAAAUCAGCGUCACGUCACUGCUGAGUGGAAUUAGAAAAGCCAUCAAUUCAUUCGAUUCCUGUCGGGCGAAGGUAAUAUGCGGUGGGGACAACGAAGCUAUUUAUUUAAUAGAUAACUUGAAUUAAACAUGUCCAUGCCUUGCUUAUCAAAAA